CCAACAACAACAACCAGGUUAAUGGGGGCUUACACUGCGACCAGAGCAUCAACUUUCAGGGCUGGUAUCGCCUGUUCCUGGGGCACACCAGCGUUCAGAUGCCAGAGAGGUGUGUGGAGAUUAACAUGUGUGGAACCCACGCCCCCCUGUGGCUCACAGAGCCCCAUCCCCAGCUGUCAGACAGGGUGGUUCAGAGGGGCGUCUGUGGGAGCUGGUCUGGUAACUGCUGCUCGUUUAAACAACCUCCCAUCCAUGUCAAAGCCUGCUAUGGAAACUACUAUGUCUACAAGUUGGUUCCUGCAAUAAACUGCCACUUGGCCUACUGUGCAGACGUCAACACCAAGGUGUGUUCUACCUGUAGAGAUGAUGACACCUGUAGGAGUGAGGAUAAGAUCACCUGGAGGUGUGAGAGGAAAGCCCCUACACCUACACCUACACCACCUCGGAUAACUGUUACCACCACCAAUCCUCCUAUCAUGGCCCCAGAGGUGGUGUGUGGGCAGAGCAUGAUACAGGUGGGUCUAAACAGGGCUAACCUAAGGGCCGCUGGUCUGAACGCUUCCACAGCUCACCUGGCCGACUCUAGGUGCUCCACCCACGAGGAUCGUAACGGCACGGUGUGGUACCAGGUGGAGCGCAGGGAGGGACGCUGUGGAAACACUCUGGAGACUAACACCACCCAUGCUGUCUACUCCAACAGCUUAUUCGUUUAUCCAGUAGAUGGGAGGAACGACUCUCUCUCCCGACCCGUGAGCUUUCCUCUCUCCUGUGUCUAUCCUCUGGGGACAGAGAGCAGUCUGAAUGUGGCCAUCAGACCCUAUCUACUGAAUAGUCGUGGAGCUGUUGGAGUCGGUUCCAAGGCCAGAGCCUCCAUGUUUCUGUAUCGUAACUCCAACUACACAGAGUCUUACCCAGCUGGUGAAGUCCUCCUGCCGAUUGGUUCCACUCUGCGCGUGGGCGUGUCCGUAGAGGAGUCCGGGAUGGAGCGCUUUGUUGUUGUUCUAAGGGACUGCUAUGCCAACCAAUCCCCCAACCCUGAUAAUCUCCCGCGGUCCUACAUGAUUCAGGACAGGUGUCCUACAAAUCGUACCCAGGUGACCGUGGAGGAAAGCGGCUCGUCCUUCAGGGCUCGCUUCUCUGCUGCGUUGCAGGUGGACUACCGUUACUUCUUCCUGCACUGCAGCCUCAGCCUGUGUGACCAGAGGAUCUCCUCCUGCACUCCAGUGUGCUCUGGAAGGAAAUCUCGCUCUGCGUCUGAUACUGUCCUCCUCAAGCCCAUAGCCAUCGGGCCAAUCAGCUUUUGUUUUGGUGCAGGAUUGGUUGUAACCAGCUGUGGUGUGUGUGAUGUGGGGGAGGACUAUAUCAGUGUUGGUGGAACAUCUUGCUGUGCAGACCCCUGCCUGCACUACACCGUACUUAAUGACGAUUGGCGUGCCACCAACAACAAUGCCAACGUUAAUGGCGAGCACUGCGACAAGGAUGUCAACUGGCAGGGCUGGUAUCGCCUGUUCCUGGGGAACACCAGUGUUCAGAUGCCAGAGAGGUGUGUGGACAGUUACAUGUGUGGGACGGAGAUCCCCAUGUGGCUCACGGAUCCAAAUCCCCAGCUGUUAGACGGGGUGGUUCAGAGGGGUGUCUGUGGGAGCUGGUAUGGUGACUGCUGCUACUGGAGGCAAAAUCCCAUCCAUGUCAAAGCCUGCUAUGGAAACUACAAUGUCUACAAGUUUGUCCCUACAACAACAUGCAACAUGGCCUACUGUGCAGACGUCAACACCAAGGUGUGUUCUACCUGUAGAGAUGAUGACACCUGUAGGAGUGAGGAUAAGAUCACCUGGAGGUGUGAGAGGAAAGCACCAGAGCUGGUGUGUGGGCGGAGCCUGGUACAGGUGGGUCUAAACAGGGCCCACCUGGAGGCUGCUGGUCUGAACGCUUCCUCUGCCCACCUGUCUGACGGACGCUGCUCUGCCCACCAGGAGGCUAACGGCACAGUGUGGUACCAGGUGGAGCGAAGGAAGGGACGCUGUGGAAACACUCUGGAGACUAACACCACCCAUGCUGUCUACUCCAACAGCUUAUUUGUUUAUCCAGUAGAUGGGAGGAAUGACUCUCUCUCCCGACCCGUGAGCUUUCCUCUCUCCUGUGUCUAUCCUCUGUGGACAGAGAGCAGUCUGAAUGUGGCCAUCAAACCCUACCUACUGAAUAGUCGUGGAGCUGUUGGAGUCGGUGCCAAGGCCAGAUUCUCCAUGUUUCUGUAUCGUAACUCCAACUACACAGAGUCUUACCCAGCUGGUGAAGUCCUUCUGCCGAUUGGUUCCACUCUGCGCGUGGGCGUGUCCGUAGAGGAGUCCGGGAUGGAGCGUUUUGUUGUUGUUCUAAGGGACUGCUAUGCCAACCAAUCCCCCAACCCUGAUAAUCUCCCACAGACCUACAUGAUUCAGGACAGGUGUCCUACAAAUCGUACCCAGGUGACAGUGGAGGAAAGCGGCUCGUCCCUCAGGGCUCGCUUCUCUGCUCUACUGCAGGUGGACUACCGUUACAUCUUCCUGCACUGCAGCCUCAGCCUGUGUGACCAGAGGAGCUCCUCCUGCACUCCAGUGUGCUCUGGAAGGAAAUCUCGCUCUGUGUCUGAUACUGUCCUCCUCAAGCCCAUAGCCAUCGGGCCAAUCAGCUCUGAAGAGAAGCUGAACAGAAUGAUGUCAUCGGGUGUUCUGAUGAUGCUCCUGUUCUUUAAGCAUGUUACUGCAGACAACUCAGGUACGGUUGUUACCAGUUGUGAGGCGUGUCAUGACCAAGCCACCUGCCUAGACUCACCUGUGGAACGUGAGAGGGGAGAUGCUUUCCAAACCGGGUCUGUCACUUGCACCUGUCAAGAUGGCUUUGUUGGCGACGGCAUCACAUGCUACGACCUUGAAUUCUGCGCUAAAGGCUCCUGCUGUCGUCAAGGUUACGGCUGGUCCUCGGAGCUGGGCUGUGUGGACGUUGACGAGUGUUCCCUCCCAGACCAACCCUGCAGCCCUCCUCAGGUCUGUGAGAACACCCCCGGAUCCUUCAACUGCCUGGUGCCUCCUGAAGACGACCUCCACUCCAGUCCUGGUUCUGACUCCCGUUCAGUGCAGUUUCAGUGCGGGGGGAGACGGUGUCCAGUGGGAGAGGACUGUAUCAGUGUUGGUGGAACAUCCCUCUGUGCAGACCCCUGCCUGCACUACUCUGUACUGAAUGACGACUGGCGUUCCACCACCAACUACGGUCCAGCUAACGGCUACCACUGUGACUCGUCUGUCAACUGGCAGGGCUGGUAUCGCCUGUUCCUGGGAAACACCAGUGUUCAGAUGCCAGAGAGGUGUGUGGAAAAGUACAUGUGUGGGACGGAGAUCCCCUUGUGGCUUCCAUUAGCGCAUCCCCAGCUGUUAGACGGGGUGGUUCAGAGGAGCGUCUGUGGACACUAUUACUAUGACUGCUGCUACAGGAGGCAAAAUCCCAUCCAUGUCAAAGCCUGCUAUGGAAACUACUAUGUCUACAAGUUGGUCCCUACAACAACAUGCAACAUGGCCUACUGUGCAGAUGUCAACACCACGGUGUGUUCUACAUGUGGAGUGUUUGAUGCCUGCGUGAGCGACAAUGAGACCAACUGGAGAUGUGAGAGGAAAGCUCCAGAGCUGGUGUGUGGGCGGAGCCUCCUGAAGGUGGGCCUUCCAAAUGUUUACCUGGAGGCUGCUGGUCUGGAUGCUUCCUCUGCUCACCUGGCCGACCACCGCUGCUCCGCCCACGAGGAUCGUAACGGCACGGUGUGGUACCAGGUGGAGCGCAGGGAGGGACGCUGUGGGAACACUCUGGAGACAAACGCCACCCAUGCUGUCUACUCCAACAGCUUAUUAGUUUAUCCAGUAGAUGGGAGGAACGACUCCCGACCCUUCGGCUUUCCCUUCUCCUGUGUCUAUCCUCUGGAGACAGAGAGCAGUCUGGAUGUGGCCAUCAGACCUCUCCCACUAACGGAUCAUAAAGUUGUCAGAGUCGGUGCCAAGGCCAAGGCCUCCAUGUCUCUGUACCGCGACACCAACUACACACAGCCUUACCCAGCUGGUCAGCCAGUCACCCUGAUUGCGGGUUCCUCCCUGUACGUGGGCGUGUCCGUAGAGGAGUCCGAGGCAGAACGUUUUGUCGUUGUUCUGGAAGACUGCUACACCACGGAAUCACCCAGCCCUGAUAAUCUCCCACAGACCUACAUGAUUCAGGACAGGUGUCCUACAAAUCGUACCCAGGUGACAGUGGAGGAAAGCGGCUCGUCCCUCAGGGCUCGCUUCUCUGCUGCGUUGCAGGUGGACUACCGUUACAUCUUCCUGCACUGCAGCCUCAGCCUGUGUGACCAGAGGAGCUCCUCCUGCACUCCAGUGUGUUCCAGGAGGAGAUCCCGCUCUGUGUCCAAGUCCAUCCGCCUCAAACCCCUCACCAUCGGGCCAAUCACCUGGGCCCAGAGUCUGGAGUGAGCCUUGGGACCCCCAGCAUAUGAAGGAUGGCAGGGGCCCAGAGUCUUGAGUGAGCCUUGGGAACCCCCAGCAUAUGAAGGAUGGCAGGGGCCCAGAGUCUGGAGUGAGCCUUGGGACCCCCAGCAUAUGAAGGAUGGGGUCCCUCCUGCACUACUCCCCUGAUCUCCAUCCCAACCUACAGCCCAGUGUAACUUUCAAGGGCACAGAAAUACUUGUUUUGAUUCUAAGUAAUUAAUUGAUGCACUACAGUGUGAUUUCAUUGUACUGUGUAUGUUGUAUACACAUAGACUUGCAUUGUUUUAGGGCUGAUCAUUUCCCCAAACCUGAGUUCUGUGUGUGUAAGCUGUGAUUUGAUGAUGUCAAUAAAUAACUCUGUAUGAUGAUG